AAAAAAUCAACGCUUCAAUGAAAGUGUUACAAUUAUGAAUGACUAGCCGCAAUGCACGAGAGAUUAUCUGUUGUUUUUUUUUUAGAGAAAAUUUCAAUUUCAGCACGUGAACGCUUCAAAUUAUAAUUUUUUUUUAUUUCUAGUGUACUUAAAAAUAUCAGACCCAAGAGUUUAACAAAUGCUAUUUUUACAUUGCAUGUGCAUGUUUCAUAGUCAACACUUAAAGGCGGCGUACGCACAAAUGUAUACAGUGAUACAGUGAGUGAGCGCUUAGACACGAACAGUGCAGCAAACCGAAAAUAAAAAAGCGGAAGAUUUCUUCACAACCGUCGCAUUAAAUAAAUAGCGGCUCACCAGUGUCGAACGAUUUCAGUUGCUUCGCAGACAGCACAUCACACAUUAGCCGCCCAGCAGCCACAACAUAUUAACAGCAAAUCCACACACCUGAAUAUAGCCAAUAAAUAGCAGCAUGGUGAUUUUACGCCCACUACCCGACGAUUUGGCAAAGACAGCCACCGAAGAGUUGAAUGAGAAGCCCGAUGACAAUGACUACUUUGUGAAUACCUUGCGUGAAUGGGCUGAAAAGCAGCCACAUUUGCGCGCGCGCACCGACGAUCAAUUCCUGAUGGCCUUUCUGCGCGGUUCCAAGUUCAGCCUGGAGAAGGCAAAACAGAAAUUGGAAAACUUCUAUAUACUACGCGCUGCCAUGCCGGAAAUUUUUCGCAAUCGGAAUUUGAGUGAGCCAAAAUAUGAGGCGAUCGUUAAAGCGGGCGCUGCAUCUUUUUUGCCUGAACCCGUUUGUGAGGGUGGCCCGUUGGUGGUGCUGCUGCGACCCAGCGAAUUCAAUAUGGAUCUACAUACGAUCAAUGAUGUGCUGAAAGUCGGCUCAAUGAUCAUUGAUAUACUAAUGCAGGAGAAUGAUCGCGUCUUCAUCGCUGGCUACACGUUCAUCAUUGAUCUGGGUAAUAUUUCAAAGGCUGUGCUCAUGAAUUUCGAACCGGAAUUCGUGCGCAAAUUGACCAUACUCGUCAAUAAAGCGGCGCCCACACGCAUGAAGGGCUUCCAUUUCAUCAACGUGCUGCCGAUUUUCGAAAAAUUAUUCGGUAUGGUGAAGAGUGUGAUAAGUGCGAAGUUGAAAGAUAGGUUCUAUGUGCACGGUACCAAUUUCGAGGAUCUCUACAAACACGUGCCCAAACAUGUGCUACCCAAGGAAUAUGGUGGUGAUUGUGAUCUGAGGAGCCUGGCUGAUGAAUGGUGGCAAAAAUUGAAUGAAUACAAAAAAUUCUUUGAGGAUGAGGAACAAUAUGGCGUGACUGAAGGUUAUGAAAAAUUAAAGCAAGUGAAACAACUGAUCGAAGAUACCAGCGUUUUGCAAGGCACCGAAGGUUCUUUCCGCCAAUUGGAAGUCGAUUAAAGACUGUACGGCACACUAUACUUGUAUGCAGUGCAUGACGGUCAACCAAAGCAAUUAGCAUAAUACUUUAUUUUUUCAUAAUUUUACUUAUUUAAAACUAUUUGAAUGAAUGUUAGCAAUAAAAAAUACUAUAUAAAUAUAUAUGAUGUUUACAUAUUUUACAGUUAGCAAUAAAAUAUAUGUAUAUGAAAAUAUUAAAAGCAACAAAAUUGCGGUAAUAUAUUUUUUUGUUCACGUAUUUCACAUAAUGCAUAACAAGUACUAGCGCGUAUCGGCUGUAAUUAACCACCUCACAGCAUUUGCAAUUUUGUAAUUUGAUGUCGAAGUUGGUGGUCACACGGAUACAUCAUUAUAUUGUAAAAUUAACGCACAAAAACUGAAUGCCAGCCACAAAGUUUUUUGUUUUUCUUUCUAGAGUUGUAAGUUUAAAGUUAAACGCCCAUACAUAUGUAUAUACAUAAAUAGAUACUACAUGUACAUAAAGAAAAACAGUAGUAUAUGCGCUCGAACGCAGUUUAGAGCUUGAUCAUUUUUUUAAGCUCAGCGCCAAGAAGCCUAGUUUCGAUUAAGAAAUUAUAACGUAAUCAGUAAUGAGAUUUUUUUCUUGGUUGUAUUAGAAUGAAAUAUGAAAUACAUAUGCAUAUAC